AUGUUACCCGUGCGUGCCGAAACCUCCAACCCACUUCGCAUCCUUCAUCUCGACGUCGAUCCUUGGUUCGCAGCCACCACCGCCCAGCUUGUGCCCCCAUUCGCCCCUGUCGACACGAUGAGUUUCAGCAUUCUCUCGCCGUGGUAUUGGCUCCUCAAGCUCACCGCCACGUUGGCGCGAACGCUGGUGUACAUGAAACGAGGCACACAGCAUUACUUGCGAAAUCGACCUCUGCCCGACGGCAUCGUUCGCGAGACACUUCAGGUGCCUUCUCGCGAUAAGGGACGCUUUAUCGGCGUCGACUUGUACCGUCCUACCGGUGCGACUGCGGCGUCCAAGCUGCCGGUCAUCGUCAACUGGCAUGGCAGCGGCUACGUGCUGCCGAGUUGGGGUGAGGAUCGCGAAUAUGUCGUGCGCGCCGUCCAGGCGCUCGGAUGCAUCGUGCUCGACGCUGACUAUCGCAAGGCGCCCGAAUAUCCGUAUCCGUCGGGUCACGACGACGCCGAAGACGUCGUGGGCUGGGUGCUGUCGCAGUCGCAGCGCUUCGACGUGAGCAGGGUCGCACUGUCCGGUUUCAGCGCCGGUGCAGCCCUCGCUCUGUACACGGGCAACUUUUACGGACCGGAAAAGAUCCGCGCCAUCUCGGCGCUCUAUCCUCCCGUCAGCGUCGCACCGCCCCCGAACCCCAAGCCCGUGCCCUACGAGCCUCGCAGCGGCCUCUACCUGAGCCCUGGGCUGGUGAAGCUGUUCAACGACUGUUACGUGCCCAUCCUCUCGACGCGACAGGAGCCCAAGUUCCGCAUCCGUGGGCUCGACACUUCGCGCUACCCGAAUCGCAUCUUUAUCGCUUGCGGUGACGUUGACCUCCUCUACCCGUCCGGCAAAAAGUACUUUGAAGAGCUCGCCCAGACCGAAAAGGACAAGAGCGUCACGUUUGUCAGCGUCGAGAAGGAGGAACACGCCUGGGACAAGAUGCCGCUCGUGCCCGAGUCGGUCAAAGCACGCGACGAUGUGUACCGCCAGAUGCUUGACAGCAUCAAAGUGUCGUUCAGCAGCUGA